AUGGUCCUCUUUGUUUUCGUCCUACUUAUUCUAUGCAACAUUGCGCUUGGCGCCAUAUAUGGAAGCAUCGAUGAUCUUCCCACUAGACGUUUCCAUUAUAUUAUCAUUGGAGGUGGGGGGGCCGGGAACGUACUCGCCAACCGUCUAACUGAGGACUCCCAUAUAUCGGUCCUUGUUCUCGAGGCUGGCGAAUCAACAGCAGACGUCCUCCUCUCACAGGUUCCUUUCUUCUCUUCCCGCCUAAGUGGGUCAUCUCUGGAUUGGAACUUCACUACUACGGAACAGCCAGGGCUGAAUGGACGAUCCAUUCCGUUCUCUCGAGGAUUCGGGUUGGGGGGGAGUAGUGCCAUCAACGGUAUGUCUUACAUCCGUGGUUCGUCACAGGAUUACGACCGUUACGCCCGGGUUAGUGGAGACCCCGGAUGGGCAUGGGAUCAGAUGCAGCGGUAUCUCCGGAAGAAUGAACGCUUCGUCGCUCCUGCUGACCACCAUAAUACUACCGGACAGUUCGAUCCUAAGGUCCACGGCUUCAAUGGAAUCACGUUUGUCUCUCUUCCCGGGUACCCUCGCGCUACAGAUGAGCGUGUCAUUCAAACGACGGCAGACCUUUCGAGCCAAUUUCCCUUCAACUUGGAUUACAAUUCGGGAUACCAGUUGGGCAUCGGAUGGGCACCCUUAACGGUGGGAAAUGGUACUAGGAGCAGCUCGCAGACGUCGUAUCUUGGACCGGGAUACAUUAAUCGACCAAAUCUACACGUCUUGAUUCACGCUCGUGUCACCCGAAUUCUUGACAUAAAGAAGGGCAGAAAGCCACCGUUAUUUAAUGCUGUCGAGUUUACUCAGGAUGCUGGAGCAACAAUGCAUGUCCUGGCGCCUUCAAGCUUACGGGAAAUCAUCCUCUCCGCUGGAUCCAUUGGCACUCCGCAUAUACUUCUUCACUCUGGUGUAGGUGAUGAUAGCGAACUUGCCACUCUAGGAAUCGCGUCUACUCUUAAUCUUCCCGACGUCGGGAGGAACUUGUCAGACCAAGUCCUAUGGACCGUUCCCUUCACCGUUAACAGCACGAACACGAUCGAGAACAUUUAUUACAGAAACGUCACAUUCCAGGAAGAGACUCUGGCAGAGUGGAAAUCCAACCAAACAGGUUUCUUGACAGUGAGUGUGGCAAAUCAGCGAGGGUUCUUUCGUAUUCCAGAAGAUACUGGUGUAUUGGAUGGAGAGCCAUGUGCGGGGAAUGAGACUGCGCAUUAUGAGCUUUCUUUUGUGAACGGUAUUAAUAGUAAUCCUCCUCCCGAGGUGGGAAACUUUUUUGUGAUUGCACCCGCUGUGCUUUGUCCUCUUUCACGUGGGGCCGUUACUAUCAAUAGCACGAACCCUUUGGAUGCACCGGUGAUCAACCCGAAUUAUCUCUCGCAUGCACAAGAUCUUGAUAUUAUGAAAUUCGCCGUAGAAGGUGCGAAGAAGUUUGUCACUGGUCCUGCAUGGGAUGGAUACAUUCUUGAUAUCGCGACGAAUACUACGGAUCAGGAUAUUAGGAAUGGGGCAUCGAAUCUGAAUCAUGCUGUGGGUACUGCAAGUAUGUCCCCUGUUGGUGCAGAUUGGGGAGUCGUAGACCCGGAUUUGAGGAUGAAGGGUGCGAGGGGGGUGAGGAUCGCAGACGCGUCGGUUUUGCCGUUUGUUCCAGCAGGACAUACUCAGACAGCGGUGUAUAUCUUUGCGGAGAGAGCGGCGGAUUUGAUCAAAGCUAGUGCUGGAAUGUAG